AUGGCGACUCGAGAACGUAACAGUGAGAAGACGCAGGCUGGGAGCAUUCAGCCCAUAACCGAAGCACUCUUGAAUCAUAAACUCGUUAUUGUCACAGGUGCAGGGGUUACACUCAAUGCCACUCAAGAAAACUCCGGAGAACACUUGGAAAAAUUGACUUGGAGUGGAUUGAUUAGACAUGGGCUCAGAUACUUGUCCGAAUUGCCCUUAAUUACUGGCCCAGACAAGGACAGAAUCACAAGCGCAAAUGCUUUACUGGAAAUCAACUCUGCUGGCAGUUCAAUGGAUGCGAUAAAUAUUUUGAAGGGUCUAAUGACUGAUUACAAUGAGCUAGCCUCAUGGCUGACAAAUAUUUUCUCGGGCUUGAAAGUUCAUCAGCACGCGAUAUUGGAUGUGCUGAAAGAUUUGCAUAAAGAGGGGGCUGUACUCCUCACUACAAAUUACGACCAUAUUUUGGACAAUCAUGGCGAAAAACUCCGAUCGAUCUCUCCCUCUGACAAUCCCAAUGACAUCAGCAGAUUUAAAAGUGGUCACUUAGAUGGCAUCUUCCAUUUACAUGGAAGCUAUGACCGGCCACAAGAUGUCAUCUUAAACACCACCGACUACAUUCGCGUUGUGAAUUCUGAAGUAAAGUAUAUGCUUGAAAAGUUCUUGAUGUUCGACACGGUUCUCUUCGUCGGCUGCGGGGCUGGCCUUAAUGAUCCAAAUUUUGGACCUCUUCUAAACUGGGUCAGGGAAUAUCAGAAGAAUAUCCCUGAAAAACACUUCACAUUGGUUAAAAAAGGGGACAUCUCCGACUACAGGCCACUAAGGAGUUUGAUCUAUGGACAAAAUUAUUCGGAUAUGGCUGGUUACCUUCAAAAAAUUCUGGAGCCUCUUCCGGAAUUGCGCAGAAAGUUGAACAAAGACACUGCUAGAGAUAAUUAUGGCUCAUCCCCCAGUGUGCAACAAACUGCUCCUGAAGAUGCAGUAAACUUAACUUAUAAGCGCUCAGUCACACCAAUUAUUGAAGAGGCUGAAAAAGCAAUACAGCUUUUCGAUGCGGUCAACAAAGGGGACUUUGCUGAUGUGCAUCGGCUGCUGAUGUCUGGGGCAAAUGCCAAGACCAGGAUGGAAAAUGGGUGGGCGGUGUUUCAUGCAGCAGUUAAGGGAAAAAACUGGAAAAUUAUACAGCAUUUGCUGGAUACUGAUCAUACCAGUAUCAAUACAAGAAUGAAUAAUGGAUGGACACCACUGCAUGAAGCAGCAAAAGGAGGGGUCAAGCAAAUUGUGCAGCAGCUGCUAGAAGAAGGUGCCAUUGUUGAUGCAAGAAUGAAUGAUAGGACAUAUAAUGGACGGACACCUUUACAUGAAGCAGUGAAAAAAAAAGAUAUUGAUAUUGUUCAACUGCUGAUUGACAAAAGUGCUGAUGUUAAUGCAAACUUUGAUAACAGAUGGACACCAUUACAUGAAGCAGUUAAGAGAAAAAGCAAGGAAAUUGUACAACAACUGCUUGAUAAUGGUGCUGAUCUUAGUGCAAGAAUGAAUAGUGGAUGGACACCACUUCAUGAAGCAGCUAAGGAGGGCAACAUGGAAAUUGUUCAGCAACUGCUGGAUAAUGGUGCGAAUAUUGAUGCAAGAAUGGAUAAUGGAUGGACACCACUUCAUGAAGCAGCUAAGAAGGGCAGCAUGGAAAUUGUUCAGCAGCUGCUGAAUAAUGAUGCUAAAGAAAAUGCAAGGACAGAUAAUGGAUGGACACCACUACAUGAAGCAGCUAAUGGGGGGAGCAUGGAAAUUGUUCGGCAACUGCUGGAUAAUGAUGCCAAUAAAAAUGCAAGAACAGAUAGUGGAUGGACACCUUUACAUGAAGCAGUGAAGAAAAAGAAGAUUGAUAUUGUUCAACUGCUGAUUGAAAAGGAUGCUGAGGUGAAUGCAAACUUUGAUAACAGAUGGACACCAUUACAUGAAGCAGUUAAGAGAAAAAGCAAGAAAAUUGUACAACAACUGCUUGAUAAUGGUGCUGAUCUUAGUGCAAAGAUGAAUAGUGGAUGGACACCACUUCAUGAAGCAGCUAAGGAGGGCAACAUGGAAAUUGUUCAGCAACUGCUGGAUAAGGGUGCAAAUACUGAUGCAAGAAUGGAUAAUGGAUGGACACCACUGGAUGAGGCGAUCACAGGGAGAGAUAUAACAAUUGUUCAGCUGAUGACAAGGUAUAGGGGCAGAGACCAAUCAUCUAUAGCCUCUACUGCCAUACCACACGCAUCGAGACAGCUGAUGAUUGCUUGA